AUGAACUUCGAGCCGAUCAACUUCAUCGAGCGCGCACGUGACAACCUCGCUGAAUUACGCCAACAUCGCUCGGUCGCUGAGUACAUCAACCGCCUCCGCGAGCUCGUGCUUGAGAUCCCUGACAUCCCUGCUGCUGAACUGAUGGACAAAUUCAAGCGUGGGCUGAAGCCGAAAAUCCGCACCGAGGUCGAACUCCGCGGCGCUACGACGUUGGAUGAGAUGAUUCGUGUCGCCGAGCGUUUUGACACCAUCAACUUUACAGCAUACCAGCGAUUCCAAGGACGAACCGGGCAGCACACCACUGCUGGACCUACCUACCGCACCAACGGUCCUUCUCCCAUGGAGCUCGCUCCCGUGCAGCAGCCAACACCACCCGGCUCCCCCGAAGUGAUCAACACACCUCCUCCUUCUCCACCCCACCCAACCCAGCAGCCACGACGUCCCAUCAUCCGCCCCGCCUAUGAAGUUAUCAAUCCAUCAGCCCCCACCCCUCCAUCACCACCUCCUCCUUAUCAUCUUCUAGUCAUCUUCACCGCUCCCGAAUUUUAA